AUGUCGGCAGAUCCAGCUGCCACGGCACAAAAGACGGAGCCAGGCAGUCUGCCAGACCAGCCAAAAUUGGAAUCACCCACAAACGAAGCAACAGCGACCGACGACGAACCAUGGUCGAUCUGGUCUAGCCGCGGCAAGCGCGCCAUCCUGCUCGGGGCGUCCUUUGCAGCGAUGCUCUCACCCCUCGCGAGCAACAUAUACUUUCCGGCCCUCGAGCCCAUCGCACACGACCUCGGCGUCUCGGCGUCGCUCGUCAACAUGUCCAUCUCGACCUUUAUCCUGCUGCAGGGCAUCGCGCCAAUCUUUACCGCGCAGCUGGCAGAUACGGCCGGGAGGCGCCCGGUCUAUCUGGUGUGCAUAGUCGUCUUUCUGGCCGCAAACGUGGGCCUCGGGGUGCAAAACUCGUACACGGCCCUGCUGGUCCUCCGCUGCGUGCAGAGCGCCGGCAGCUCCGGGGUCCAGGCGCUCUCCAAUGCCGUCGCCGCCGACAUCGCCACGCCCGCCGAGCGCGGGAGCUACGUCUCGUUUGCCGCCGCAGCGCCCAUAUUGGCCACGACCCUAGGCCCCAUCGUCGGUGGCUUGCUGGCGCAGUUUGCGGGCUGGCACUCGGUCUUUUGGUUCCUGGCCGCUGUCGCGGGCGUUUUGCUCCUGCCGAUGGCGGCGUUUUUCCCCGAGACGUGCCGCAACGUCGUCGGCAACGGGUCGAUCCCGCCGCCAAAGUGGAGCAGGUGCUACACCAACUCGCGCCGCGAGCUGCGAGGCAGGGGCGGGCCGCAGACGGAGCCGCCGCGGAUCAAGGUCGGAUUCCCCAACCCGCUGCGGCCCGUCAUGCUCCUGUUUGACCGCGAGUGCUGCUGGCCGCUGCUCUACAGCGCCAUCGUCGCGAGCCCCUUUUACUCGACGCUGGCGCUGAUCCCCUCGACCUUUACGCGCAUCUACGGCUACGACGAGCUGCAGAUCUCGCUGUGCUACCUGCCGUUUGGCGUGGGCGCGCUGGCCGGCGCGCUGGCCGUGGGCCGCGUCAUGGACUCGAACUUCCAGCGGCACGCGGCGCGGCUGGGCAUCGCGGUGGACAAGACGCGGCGCAUGGAUCUGGGGAGGCACGGGUCGUUCCCGACGGCGCGGGCGCGGCUCGAGGUGGCGGUGCCGACGGUGGUGCUCAGCACGGGGUUCAGCGUGGCCUUUGGCUGGAUGCUGCAGCGCCGCGUGCACGUGGCCGGCCCGCUCGUCGUGCUCUUCCUCGUCGGCUUCUGCGCCGUCGCCAGCCUCAACUGCAUCGCCGCCCUGCUGCUCGACCUCAACCCCACCAGGGCCGGCACCGUCACCGCCUCCAACAACCUGCUCAGGUGCCUCCUCGGCACCGCCGUCACCAGCGCCACCGUGCCCCUGGUCCAGGCCGUCGGCGUCGGUUGGACCCUGACCGUCUUUGGUGGGCUGAAUGCGCUUUUUAUGCCGCUGCUGUGGCAUAUCAUGAGGCAAGGCUCAGGCCGUCGCGUUACUUGA